GAUGGAGUGCUGCAGGUGCAUUGUAUGCAUCUCAUGCCGAAUACUCGACGUUGUUGCGUAGGAGGCCCAUCGCGCAAUGCACUGACAGUGUAUCUGGCACGGGGUACAUGAAGUCGUAGGAGGCGGUUGUGCGACCCGGCGACGCAGGGCUGCAGCGUGCAACAUGGCGCCCAAGCGCGGCGAGAGCAUUGACCGGACAGACGAGCGAGAAGAGUUCAUGAAGAAGCUGUCCGAGUACCAUGAGAAGCGAGGAACUACGCUCGAGGAGGAACCAAAGGUUGGCGUCCGGCACAUUGACCUAUUCCAGCUCUACAAGCGUGUGGUUGAGGAAGGCGGCUAUGACCUGUGCUCUGAUACGAAGGCCAAGCCGUUAAUGUGGCGGAGGUUCGCGGAAGAGUUCGUCGGCAAGAACCAGUAUACUGCGGCACAAGCCUUCCAGGUGAAGAACAUUUACUACAAGAACUUGUGUGCAUACGAGAUCAGCAACCACUGGAAGAAAGAGCCGCCGCCAAAGGAGAUUCUGGAGCAAGUCACGGCCAAGGGCGGCAACGUGAUGGGCCGGACUUUGGAGAAUUACUCGCGACCCCCAACCAAGGAGGAAUUAAACCUAGGGACUGGUGCAGGCGAACAAGAGGAGGAGACGAGCCCCGAGCAAAAAACGCCGAAGCAGGAGAUCUCCGAUCCAGCCGACGAUCAGGGCAGCGCAGGCGGACGCACGUCAAGAGGCUUGAGGCAGGCACCACCACAGCGCGUACUGUUUCAGCCGGAUCUCGCGUCAGGGCGACAGACUCGUGGCCAGAUGAAUGCGACCAUCUCUCCAGCUCCGGGAUUAAAUGGUGCUCUGAGCAGUAUGAGCAAUGGCGCCACGUCUACCCUGGCCAACUACGAGCCGUCUCAGUCAUACCCGCUGUCACUCAAGCCUGUCAUUACACCGGCCAACAACCCUGACUACUAUCGUAACGAGCGUAAGCGCAAAGCCGAGGCUAUGGCUGGACCGUUGGCAAAGAAGUACAAGAAUAUUAUGCUACCGGGCACUGGCUUCAUCGGGCCAAAUAUCUACGUCCGUGCUCAGCUAGCUCUGCAGAGCGGCAUUGAGAAAGAGGAACAGUACGCCCUGCACCACCUCGUCAAGAUCAGUCACGAACGGGGAGAUCGAUAUCGCUUCGAUCAGUUUCCGGGAUUGGCGGAUGCGCUCGUGAAGAAGGUGAUGCAGGUCUGCGGCUUGUUCUAUGAUGUCGACUGGGACGUGAGCUAUGACGAAGACGCGAUGGACCUGGAUGAUGAAAUGCUUAACGGUCUUCGUGGCACAUCGGACAUCAUACGCCGGCUCAAAGAUCGUAUACCAAAGGUGACAGACGACUUACUCGACGACGCCGCCUUUUUGUCGCAGCUCAACCGUAUCACAGAAGCUGCGCUGGUCACCCGAAACAUGUGCUUACAGCAGGAGAACGCGAAGUACCUCGUCGGCAUGCCCAUUGUCCGAGACUAUCUUGCAGUAGUAUUGAACCUGCCACACCAUCCUGGCAUUGUCGAGUUGCAGCAUUAUGCGCUUGAGACUGUAGAGCAGUUGCUACUCUGGUGCGAUGUCGGCACGAAUGAUGCGCUCUAUCACGCUUUACUUGCUCAGCUAGAGGGUCAAGACCGUGGUGCCAUCAUCAUUGCUCUGCGCACGAUCGCUCGAAUUGCGAUGCACCUUCCCGGAGCGAAACGGCUUGACGACAUUCCUCCAGAGACAUUGCAGCGGAUACAAGCAUGGCUUCUGGUCGAUGACGAGGAGCUCAAAAGUGCCUGCCUUGAUUUCUUGUUCCAGUACACAUCCUUUGCCGACAAUGUAGACGAUCUGCUGCAGAACGUCGAUGCGGAAGCAUUGGCGCAUCAUCUCAGCCGGCUGUUGCUGUUCGGCACGAAGGAGGAGCGGCAUGCCAAGCCCACCUCUGAAGAGAAGGAAGUAGAUCGAACCUUCCAUCCCGUACCAAGGCUUGCGCGCAGUGUUGUGGAGAUGCUUCUCAAGCUGGACGAGCCCGAACGCUCCUCGGAAUGGCUCCGUAUGUGCUUUUUAACUGACCGUGACUCGGAGAUGACACAGAUUAGCCUUUGGCAAGCAUACCAAGGCACGUUUGCGCCCUACAACGCCACGCACCAACAUCUCAUUGCCGGCGAGUUCAUCAAAAACGUGUCAACGACAUUCGUCGGAGCCACGGCACAGGUCGCGGGCGGCAACAAGUACGUUAUCAAGGGCAUCAAGUCGCGCAAGGUGCCAGUAGAUACGGGGUUGUUACCCGGCGGCAAAGGUGCGGCGGACAAAGGCAAGGACCUGCAGAAGUGCCGUUGGAUGAUCACGGUGGCCGCCGAUCCCGUACGCGAUCCAAUUACUGGUAUCGUGAGUGGUCCUAUUACGCGUGAGGUGGAGUCUGCGGAGUGGUAUAGAGACAGCCGAGAGAUGCUUAAGGAUAUAUUGGGCAACUAUUUGCAGUUGCCUCGAGCGGCCAUAAAAAUGGAGGCUGCGGACAAGACAACGUAUCGGUGUCGUUGGGCUGGCUGCAAGCGCACGUCGUCGGAUUUCGUUGUCGUGGAUGGCAAAGUCUCCAGAACAGCGCUCUUCGCUCGACACAUUCAGACUCACCUUCCAGACGGUGACGAUUCAACAGGCAAGAAACACAACAUCAAUCCGGACGAUCAGAAAACGCCCUCCAGCACGGAGAAAGUGACGCUGCAAGGUCUGGUGGACGAGAAGAACGACGCUAUGGGCGUGUCGUUAAGUGCGGCGCUGGUUUUACGCAAUAUUGCCAAGUUCAUGCCACGAUCGGAAGAGACGGCUGGACUUAUCGAGGAAGGAAAGGCUGGAACCACAUCGGAAGAUGAUCUGCUGGGUCGUGUAUUUGACGACGAGGUGACUGAGCGGCUCUUCUUCGCACUAACGCAUGCAAGACCGAUACACAGCUAUGUUGGGAGUAUUCUACGAGCGAUAGGGAGAGCGUAA